AUGAGUAGUCGUGAUGAAUGUAUGCGAGAACAUUUAAAUAAGAAACUGGUGAAUAAAAAGAUCACUAAAGCGGUUCAAGAUGUUGAUAUUCGCCAUGAAGAAUUAAAACAAAUUCAAGAAGAUUUCGAACCAAAUUUUAUCCCGAUUCGAUUCAUCAUUGUUGAACACGACAAUAUAUACUUUGCUCGGCCGUCAAUAACCAUCAAUGAAUUAUUAAAUAGUGAAUCUUUAAAAAAUCGGACUAAAAAUGAAUGCAUCAAAGUUGAUAUUGAUUCGACUUUAUUUGGUCCUCCGUCAAUUAUCCCAAGGAUCAAUGGUUCACGAACAGUUGAAGAAUGGAUAAGAACAAAUGAAGAAAAUUUUUCUUCUAUUCUUUUCACAUAUCAAACCGAAAUAUAA